AUGUUUGUGUCUGCAACUAUUCUCUUAAUUGCAUUGGUAGGGUCUGCUUCUGCCGCCGACGACAGCUUCAACGUGAAACUCAAAUUUCUGGAUGAGGGAAUCACAGUUGGUUUGGAUACUGGGACGUUCGUUCCUGCAGCCGAUGAUAACUUGGUCUCCAGUUGCGAACCCUUGGAUUUCUUGAGCCUCUGUACAUCACCACAAUGUGAAAAGUAUGACAGAUCGAUUGACGUCUUCUCAGAUCUAAUCAGCUUUGAGGGACUAAAAGACGUCAGUAUUGAAACCAAUGCCCCAUAUGCCAUUCACAUCGAUAAUCGCAAUGAAGUUACUUUGACCGUUUAUGGGCCAAACGGAUCACUGGAUUACUUUGGUUUUGAAACAUUCUGUACAGGGUACAAUGGAUUUGAAAGUGAUCCUUUGUGCGCUCAGCUUCCUAAUGUUCCUGACCGCAUCGAGCAAAACUUUUGGAACGGAGGUGCAAACCCAGGUGCUGGAAACACUAGUUGGGGAAGCUGCAUCAAAUGUUCUGAUUUUUGUCAUGUGGCAACUGAAUUUUAUGGUGAUAGUACCUGCGACUUUCUCUGCGAUGACUCUGCUUGGGGUGAUUGGGGUGAUUUCGUUCUUCCAGGAAUACAGGAGAGUGCAGGUACAAAUGCAAAGAAUGGCGUGGCUACUUGGCUCGUUGGCUUAAGUUUGACAAGUCUUGCUCUUUUUGUUGGUCUCUAG